CUUCCUUCUCUGCUUCACACCGCGGCUUGUAUUUUGCUUAGCGACAGACCCAUGGCUGAGCGUGGGGAACUUGACCUGACCGGCGCCAAACAGAACACCGGAGUGUGGCUGGUCAAGGUUCCUAAAUAUUUGUCACAGCAAUGGGCUAAAGCCCCUGGAAGAGGUGAAGUUGGGAAACUACGGAUUGCAAAGAAUCAAGGAAGGACCGAGGUGUCGUUUACUUUAAAUGAGGAUCUUGCAAAUAUUCAUGAUAUUGGCGGAAAACCAGCUUCAGUCAGUGCCCCUAGAGAACAUCCUUUUGUCUUGCAAAGUGUCGGAGGACAAACAUUAACAGUAUUUACUGAGAGCUCAUCAGAUAAGCUUUCAUUGGAAGGAAUAGUGGUACAAAGAGCAGAAUGCCGUCCGGCUGCAAGUGAAAACUACAUGAGGUUAAAAAGAUUGCAAAUAGAAGAAUCUUCUAAACCUGUAAGGCUAUCACAACAACUGGACAAACUUGUGACAACCAAUUACAGACCUGUUGCCAAUCAUCAAUACAAUAUUGAAUAUGAAAGGAAAAAGAAAGAAGAUGGAAAACGAGCUCGAGCUGAUAAGCAGUAUGUUUUAGACAUGCUAUUUUCGGCUUUUGAGAAACAUCAGUAUUAUAACCUUAAGGACUUGGUGGACAUCACAAAACAGCCUGUGGGCUACCUGAAGGAAAUCUUAAAAGAAAUUGGUAUUCAAAAUGUAAAAGGGAUCCACAAAAACACAUGGGAGCUGAAACCAGAAUACAGACACUAUCAAGGAGAAGAAAAGAGUGAUUAAGAAGACUCUAAGCCAGCAUGCUAACAGAACUCAAGGGUGAUGUGUUAAACAUACUGCAUUGAUACUUGAGCACUUGAGCACCAUCUGUUACAGGGGUAAAAUGACUGAUACUAUAAUUUCUCUAGGUAAAUUUUUUAAGCAAUAACUCUUGAAAAGUUACUUGUUUUUUGAAGAGAAAUAACAAAUUUAUUUAUAGACUUAACUUGUAUUAAAUCAGAUUAUUCAUGUGGGGAUAAGAUGUUAUGUAAUUAAAGCAAAUCAAGGAAAUAACUAUCCAUUGAGAUAAAUAUUUUUCUGAAUUAUUUGAUUUUUUUAAACAUCAGAACACCAGAAUUCUGAGGUUGAGUGCCACUGCACUAAGAAAAUUUUUAUCCUUGCAUUCUCACUGUAAAAUAAAUCUGGAUUAAGGAAUAUGGUCCCUGUUUUCCUGCCCUGCCUCCAGUUGUCUUACCCUACUUUGUUCUGAUGUGGGAAGCAAAUCAUUUCCCAGUUGCCUUCUAAUUCUUAAUUAUUUGAGACUUGGUGUCAGGAAGCAAGCGGAUAAUGGUAUGAUAAAUCAAGGACUGAGGAUCCUUGAUGCCUGUCGUGUGCUUGGUUUGUAGCAUAGGACUUUCCCAGAACCUUGUCUUGUUUGGAACUGCCCUGAAACACACCUGUCUUCUACCCCUGCCUUUUGUUUUUGUGGUGACAGUGCCUGCUAGGGGGAACUUGGUGACUGCUGAUAGCAUUUCCAGAUCAGAGUUGUGUGUCAUUUGAAGUCAUGCUUUGAUAUUUCUGCAGACCUAUUUUUUUUUCCAGCUUAUUUUAGUUACCUUUAGCUCAUCAUACCUGACAGUAUCUGCUUGAGUCUUUUAAACACUUAAUUUGAGUCUCUUAAACACUUGUUACCUUUCAAUAGGAUAGCUAAUUUGUGUGGUAGACUGGUGUCAUUCCUGAUUAGUUUUUUGGAAUUGCUUUCUUAAUCAUUACUAAAAUAUUGGCCAUGGAAGAGACGCCCUUUUACCUGGGUUUCCAUAUUUUUUCUUUUCAUAAGGAUUUUUUAAUUUUUAUUUUUAGAAAAGCGGGAAGGCAGGGAGAAGGGGAGAGAAACGUUGAUGUGCAAGAGAUACAUCAAUUAGUCACCUCUCACACACCUUCUACUGGGGACCUGGCCUGCAGUCCAGGAAUGUGCCCUGACUCAGAAUCGAACCAGUAACCUAGUGGUUCACAGGCCAGGACUCAAUCCACUGAGUCACACCAACCAGGGCUGGGUUUCCAUAUUCUUUUAUUUCAGGACUCUCUUACUCAGAUAACAUGCUUUUGACAGCAGAAAUGAAGAAGUAAAAAUCCUAAACCCUAAACCACUGUGAGAUUGAGAGGAAGGCUGAUACACAGAAAGGCCUUAUAUAAUAGAUGAGAUUGUUAAAACUCAGCCAGUACAGGAAUUUAGGGUAUGUUUUAACUGUCAAAAUGUAAUAAGAUAUGUUUUCUGGGCAUUGGAAAGAUUUUAAAUUACUUGUUGCCACAGUAACUUCUAAAGUGAUACAUCUUAAAAAAGAGAACAGAAUUUUCUCUGUUGUAUUAUAAGUAGCUCUUGUGGGUUUCAGCAGUAUUGCAGUUCUUAUGGGUCUAUGAACAAAUUUUCUUUGAAGCAUAUUUUGAUCAAUGUUGGUAUACAUCAGUGAAAUAAGAGUAAACACUUUUCAGGUCCUUACGCGCUGGACAGUGUGUUAAAUGCUCUAAAAUAUCUCAUCGAAUCCUCAGAAAUAGUGCUGAGAAAUAAUGUCCAUUUUAUAGAACCAUUUCCUGCCCACCAUACAUACCCUCAUGAAUACUGCUCCCUCUUUGGAGGAAUACCACCCUUAGGGCAAAGUGAGUAAAAGAGUGUACUUACUUUCUAAAAACUUGCCCUCCCCCUAUGCCCCCAAUCAUACCUCCAGACCAGGAAGAUGGUGCCAAUUGCAGAGAGUUGUGAGGAGGAGAGUUUAUCUCUGGUAUCUGUGCCUGAAUUCAGACAUCUAAACAGCCCUUCUCACCUCCCCCCUUUAAAGUGAAGAUCCUUUUACUAAAAUUUGAAUUUCUGUUAUACUUCAAGUACCUGGGGUAGGGUAUGUGCUGUGUGACUUUAGAGUGGACUCUUUUAGACCUCCAUCAGAGUUAAGGAGCCCAGUGGAAUAUGACAGGCAGUGGGGCAUUGAGCUGAAGGGGAGCUGCCUUGGAUUAAGACUUCACGUGCUGCAGACACCCCUUUCAUAUCAAUACAUUAGCCAUCUUCCCUGUCAUUUUUGUAAGAGUCCAGGAGAUGAUAAGCUGCUUCUCUUUUUGAUUGAGUUUUCUUUCUGACAUAUGUCCAGAGCAGGUUCCUGAGUAUAGUUUCAUUUGCAUGAAGUGUAAGAGGUAUCAGAGAUCACUUUUGAACCUGACUUUUCACAUACUCACAUUACUUUGAGCAGGUACCACUGUCCAUAACACAAUUAUAUGAUGUAACUUCUGACAGAUGAGCAGUGUGAGCCUUUAAUAGUUUAAGAAAAUUAACAGUUUUUUUAAAGAUUUUAUUUAUUUAUUUUUAGACAGAGGUGAAGGGAAGGAGAAAGAGAGGGAGAGAAACAUCAAUGUGUGUUUGCCUCUCAUGUGCCCCCUACUGGAGACCUGGCUCAAAGGCCUCACUCAGUCCACCGAGCUACACCAGCCAGGACGAAAAUUAACAAUUUUUAUCUGAUUUUGUUAGAAAUCAUCUAAAUAAAGGACUUUUUAGAUGGUUUAGCUUACAGUUUAAAGUAGAUUCUUAGAAGUCAUUUAGGCUUAAAUUUUAGGUUUUUAAAUAAUUAUUUUCUUAAAGUGUACCAUAUUUUUAAAUGUGGAAAUUUGUAUUUGUAAGGUCUUAAGAAGAUAGUUUAGUUUUGUUUUUUAUUAUUUAGUGGAAAUGUAAGUACACCAGAAGAACAUGUUUUGGUGUACUAAAAAUUUUAAUCUGGUAUGUUCAUGGAACACAGUGGCUGUUUAUUUGGCAAGUAUUUAUUAACCAUGAAUAUAUUCCAGGCACUGUGGGAUAUGAACGCAUAAUAGUCUAGUGGGAAAUAGAGUGUAGAAAGGUAACAAUGCCGUGAGGGUCCUGAAGUGUGAACUAAGCAUUACACUCAGUCAAAAUAUUCCAGUUAAUUCAUCGUUGCCAUUUAGACUCUACAUGGAUUUCCAAUUUUUAAAGCAUUUGAAUGCAGUAAUAUAUACUUAAUUUUAAAACGUCCUCUAAUAUAAUUUAACCAUUGAUAAUUUAUAAGACACAAAAGGACUUACACAAUGCCUAAGAAUCAUGAUUAUGAAUACAUACAAUGUAUGCCUAUAAUGCAUCAAUUUCAUUAAUAGAAAACUGAAUUAAAGACUUUACUGGGCUAGUCCUCAUGACAUUUAAGCCUUACUUCUGAUUGCCACUCUAGUUUCUCUCCUUGAACAAAAAGCCUGUGAACCACUUUGGCCAUUCAUUCAUUCAGUGAAAAAUCCAUGGAAAUGCCCACUGUAUGCCAAGCAACAGGGUUAAAGGUGAUGGGUGUUUGUGGUAAUGUGCCUUAUAUGCUACCAGUUCUUUUCCUACUUGACUAAGUCAGCAAGAAGAAUAAUAGCUUUUGUUUAUUAGGCCUUUAUUAUGUGCAGUCACUGUGCUAAGCAUUGCACUCACAACUCAUUUAAUCCUCACAGCAACCUUACAACAUAGGUUCUCUUCUUACCCUUGUUUUAUAGAUGUUCAGGUACUAAGAGGUUAAAGAACCAUAGUCAUACAGUAGUCAGGGUCAGAGCUGAUUCAGAUCCUAGAACAUCACUCUGGAAUGCAGGGUCUUAGUCACCCUUAUGUAUGUAAAAAUCAUGGGUGCUACUUGCUGAUUGCCCACAGCUGUGAUUUAUUUGCCCAGAGUCUUUCAUCUUUGGGUUUUGUUUUAAUAAUUACUAAGAUAUAAUUUACAUAUCUCUGUCACAUUUGACUUCUCCUCACUAAUGGGGAACAGAAUCUCAAGAGUUAUCAUUCCUGAAUCAAAAAAGAGAGUGGACUGUGAAUUCUAUCUGAGUUUUGACUUUAGAGAUUUGGUUUCCAGUUCUUGUUCAGGUUCUAGAGUCUCUUACUAGUGGAAUGAUAUUCCUUUUUUUUUCCUGCUCUAGAUUCAGAUGAGCUAUUUCCCAGAAAUGAUUGCAGAUGGUCAAUAGACUUGAUUUACUUAGAUCCUAGACCACCCAAUGAAAGUCAGUCCCACACUCAUGAGAGAGUUGUUGACUUGGCUAACCACAGGGGAAGAUCUGUGUUAUGGCUUAGUGAGCACAUAGGACGUCUAUUAGCUUGAGACUGCCAAGUAUGAGAAUAAGAG